GCAGCCUGCUUGCUGUCUGCGCGGCCCGAGCAACAGGCGGCUGCCGAGGGCCGGAGCGGGCCGGGGAUGGACAAGCUGAAGAAGGUGCUGAGCGGGCAGGACACCGAGGACCGGAGCGGCCUGUCCGAGGUUGUUGAGGCGUCCUCGUUGAGCUGGGACACCAGGAUAAAAGGCUUCAUCGCAUGCUUCGCUCUAGGAAUCCUGUGCUCACUGCUGGGUACUUGCCUACUAUGGGUGCCCAGAAAGAGUCUCCAACUCUUUGCAGUGUUUUACACCAUUGGAAACAUUUUAUCGAUUGGGAGCACGAUCUUCCUCAUGGGACCCUUGAACCAGCUGAAACGCAUGUUUGCACCUACACGUCUGAUUGCAACCAUCCUGGUGCUGGUGUGUUUUGCACUUACCCUGUGUUCUGCCUUGUGGUGGCAUAAAAAGGGACUUUCACUCAUCUUCUGCAUUUUGCAGUCUCUGGCCUUGACAUGGUAUAGCCUUUCCUUCAUACCAUUUGCAAGGGAUGCUGUGAAGAAGUGCUUCGCAGUGUGUCUUGCUUAACACAGUGCCACUUUGCAGAGCUUUGGAUGGCGCUGUGGACGGAAGCUGAGGGCAUUCUGUAGAUAUCCUGUAGACCGCUGCUUGCAGACAUGUGCCUUUUAUCUUGCAGCAGUGUAUUGCUUCAGUUUGAGCACUUGUGAGGGCUGCCUUUGGAAGCAGUGAUGUGACCCCAGGCUCAAAUGUCCAUAGCACAGUAUGAGAGGUGGGUUCCAUGUCUUACAGAAUGUUCAUGUCAGUCUGUGUUGAACAGCAGCAGAUAAGCCUUGGCAACCACUGCUUCCCAGGGGCAGCAGGCCAUUCCAUCAGAUCUCACAGGGGUACAGUAGAAAAAGACAACAUUUUGGAGUCAGCAGGAAAAAUUGAAGACUUGUCCCUUGCCAUGGAGACCAUUACCUCUGUUCCACACAGCAUGGACAUGCGCCUUCUCUGGAGUCUGAGAACAAGUUAUUCUGCCCUCCCCAACACCCCGUGAGCCAGCCUGUGGAGUGAAGCAGCACAUGAUGCUUCUGGUGACGCGUUGUCUCUCCACCUGCACCUCCACACUCUGGUGAACCACACCUGACUGUGGAAUGUGUCUUCUGGUGUUCAGUGUACCUCUUUCUCCCAUCCUCGCCCAGCUAUGUCUUGACCUGUGGUACUAGGUGGAGAGAGCCAAGCAGCAGUAGAAAUGCCGCUGUUUCCUCUUGGACACAAGCCACUGAAAAAUGAAAAAUCUUGCUA